AUGUUAAAUGUUAGACCACCUAAGCUGGAUAUGACAUCGUCUUCAUUAAAGUCUGCCACAAGGUUUUUUUGGACAAGCACUAUACGAUCGAAAAAUCGGAAACAAGAGAAUAUUUCACUAGCAGCAGCUCUCAACUUAUUAGUCAAACCAACAGAACCCACCAAAACAUACAAACCAUCAUUAUACGAUUCCUUGACUAAAGGAUCUGUCGAGGAGCAAUUCAAUAAAGUGCCUAUACAUGUACCAAUAGCGAACGAUCAUGUUUCUGACAAGUUCAUAAGUAACAUUUUGCACGGUAUCAAAUCGUCCAAUGUAAGCACAAAUCAUCGAGGAGUUAAUUAUUCUCAACUUUAUGAGAUGAACCGUGUUGAUUUGAGUGCCUUUAUAGCAAAUGUUGAUAGCCAGGAGAUUUUAUUCGACAUCAUGGAAACUUUUCAAAAUCAUAACAAGUUAACACCUCGUGUUUUGACAGAUAUAAUAUUAAACCGGAGAUUUCAUGAUUUGGACAAAUCACCUAUCGAUUUGAUAGAUUUGAAACAAUCAACCAAUUUCCAGGAUUUGGAUGUCUACAAAAUUCAGAUUGUGUUGCUCAAGAAAUAUCACGAUUUGAAACAGCCGCUAAAUAUCGUUAAGAAUUUGAAGCAUAAUUUUGACUCCAUAUAUCUCCCUCUAAUAGAGACACGAAAAUUAACACCUUUUUAUGAAAAAAUCAUAUGGCAUUUCACUUUUGAUUAUUUAAACCAAUUCAAGGAACCACAUUACAUUGAGACAUUGAACAAUCUUAGAACAAGCUUUCUAAUAUGGGAAACAACGAAUAAAAGAAAGAGUACCCAGAUAAGUCAAGAAAUAUUAAAUUUUCAUACCGACUUGAACGAUUUACAAAAGUCAUUUUUGGAAACAGCAAGUAGUGUAGAAGAUCCAACUCAUAUUUCAUCUCUACGGAAAUUAUCGAUGAAGUACAGGAUAUAUGAAUUGCACCCAGAGGAUGCAAAGCUGGAAAGUUUUAAAAAAGAAUUUGGCGAUUUAGUUUUAACGCUAAAUAAGAUAUAG